GAUUUUAUUUUCUGAAGUGAAUUGUUGAGUUGUUUUCUUUCUUGCUGUUUUGUGAAAUAAAUUAAUUUAAUCAAUAUGGCUUUGGCAGAAAUAGCUGGCAUUUCAAGUGCUAAAUACUUGCAGAAAAAGAAUAACCCAAUGAAUCUUGCUGAGCAGGCUUACAACCUUAGCAAUCCUUACUGCCUGUUGGCACCACCGGCUAACGGCCCUGUCGAUAUAAAAGCACUACAUGCUGCUGGUGAUAAAACUGGUAUUAAAAUUGAUUAUCAUCACGGCACCACAACUUUGGGCUUCAAAUACAAAGGUGGCGUCAUCUUGGCCGUGGACUCGCGUGCGACAGGUGGACAAUUUAUCGGUUCACAGGAGAUGAAGAAAAUUGUCGAAAUCAAUAAAUAUUUAUUGGGCACUUUAGCUGGCGGUGCUGCCGAUUGUGUUUACUGGGAUCGUGUGCUCGCGAAGGAAUGCCGUUUGCAUGAGUUGCGAAAUAGAAAGCAUAUUUCAGUUGCUGCGGCCAGCAAAAUAAUGGCAAAUAUAGCGCACGAAUACAAGGGCAUGGGCUUGAGUAUGGGCAUGAUGUUGGCUGGUUAUGAUGAUAAAGGUGCCGGUCUAUACUAUGUCGAUUCGGAAGGUUCACGUUCGUCGGGUAAUGUAUUUUCCGUUGGUAGUGGUUCUAUAUUUGCUUAUGGUGUAUUGGAUUCGGGUUACAAGUAUGAGUUGGAGGAUGAGGAAGCACAUGAUUUGGGACGUCGUGCUAUCUAUCAUGCUACAUUCAGGGAUGCCUACUCUGGUGGUAUUAUACGUGUGUAUCACUUGAAGGAGGAUGGUUGGAUCAAAAUUUCCGAAGAUGAUUGUAAGGAGUUGCAUUAUAAAUAUAAAGAUGAGAAAAUGGAAUAAUUUGUGUUAGUGUAACUAGUGCACAAAAAUACAGAAAUAUAGAAUUAAAAGUUUUAUAAAUUGAAAAA